UGGUCCGGGCUGGGGCGCUGAGUUGUGGAGUUGGUGGAAAGUGACAAGUUGGGCGAGAAGAGAGAUCGCGGAGAGCUGGAGGAGCCGCGGCCGAGUGAGCCCAGAGACCUCCGCCCCAGGCACUGGGCACGCUGUUCUGGAGUCGGAGCCGGAGACACACGGUGUGCUAGAACGACACGGAGAGCCUGGAACUGAACCGCCGGCCGAGGCACGGCUGCUACGGAGUACCGGGAGGAGCCGCGCUCCCAGGUCCGGGACGGCCGAGCGGAGGCGAGGGAGCAGGUCAGAGGGACAAAGAGUUUUGCAAAGGCCCUCCGGUGUCCUGCGAGUGCCUGCGGCAGGACAAAGUGGCCCGGAGCACUGGGAGAACCCGUGGAUGUUCUGCGCGCCGCCAGGGAGCCGCCAGCACCGCCACGAGAGGAGGAAUGCACCGGCCGCGCCGCCGCGGGACGCGCCCGCCACCGCUGGCGCUGCUGGCCGCGCUGCUGCUGGCCGCACGCGGGGCUGCUGCCCAAGAAACAGAGUUGUCAGUCAGCGCUGAGCUGGUGCCUACCUCAUCCUGGAACACUUCAAGUGAAAUUGACAAAGAUUCUUACUUAACCCUUGAUGAACCUAUGAAUAACAUCACAACAUCCCUGGGCCAGACUGCAGAACUGCACUGCAAAGUGUCUGGGAAUCCACCUCCCAAUAUCCGCUGGUUCAAGAAUGACGCACCUGUGGUUCAAGAACCGCGUAGAAUCUCCUUCCGGGCCACCAACUAUGGCUCUCGGCUGCGGAUCAGAAACCUCGACACCACAGACACUGGUUACUUCCAGUGUGUGGCAACAAGUGGCAAGAAAGUGGUUUCUACCACUGGAGUCCUGUUUGUCAAGUUUGGGCCUCCUCCAACCGCAAGCCCAGGAUCCUCAGACGAGUAUGAAGAAGAUGGAUUCUGUCAGCCAUACAGAGGCAUUGCAUGUGCACGAUUUAUUGGCAACCGCACUGUGUAUAUGGAGUCUUUGCAUAUGCAGGGGGAAAUAGAAAAUCAGAUCACAGCUGCCUUCACCAUGAUUGGCACCUCCAGCCAUUUAUCUGAUAAGUGCUCUCAGUUCGCCAUCCCCUCCCUGUGCCACUAUGCCUUCCCAUACUGUGACGAAACCUCAUCUGUCCCCAAGCCCCGAGACCUGUGUCGUGAUGAAUGUGAAGUGCUGGAAAACGUCCUGUGUCAGACAGAGUACAUUUUUGCCAGAUCGAAUCCCAUGAUUCUGAUGAGGCUGAAGUUGCCAAACUGUGAGGAUCUCCCUCAGCCGGAGAGCCCAGAAGCUGCGAACUGCAUUCGGAUUGGCAUCCCCAUGGCAGAUCCUAUAAACAAAAAUCACAAAUGCUACAACAGCACAGGUGUAGACUACCGGGGAACCGUCAGUGUGACCAAGUCAGGACGCCAGUGCCAACCUUGGAAUUCUCAGUACCCACACACACACAGCUUCACUGCACUGCGCUUUCCGGAGCUCAACGGAGGCCACUCCUACUGCCGCAACCCUGGCAACCAGAAGGAAGCUCCCUGGUGCUUUACCUUGGAUGAAAACUUUAAGUCUGACCUGUGCGACAUCCCGGCAUGUGAUUCCAAAGAUUCCAAAGAGAAGAAUAAAAUGGAAAUCCUGUAUAUUCUGGUGCCAAGUGUGGCCAUUCCCCUGGCUAUUGCCUUCCUCUUCUUCUUCAUCUGUGUGUGCCGAAAUAACCAGAAGUCCCCGUCACCACCCGUCCAGAGGCAGCCAAAACCUGUCAGAGGACAGAAUGUAGAGAUGUCCAUGCUGAAUGCAUACAAGCCCAAGAGCAAAGCUAAGGAACUGCCUCUUUCUGCUGUGCGUUUCAUGGAAGAAUUGGGUGAAUGCACCUUUGGAAAAAUCUAUAAGGGCCAUCUCUACCUCCCAGGCAUGGACCAUGCACAGCUAGUGGCUAUCAAAACCUUGAAAGACUAUAACAACCCCCAGCAGUGGACAGAAUUUCAACAGGAAGCCUCUCUCAUGGCCGAACUACACCACCCUAAUAUUGUAUGUCUCCUUGGUGCUGUCACCCAGGAACAACCUGUGUGUAUGCUCUUUGAGUAUAUGAACCAGGGAGAUCUCCAUGAGUUCCUCAUCAUGCGAUCCCCACAUUCCGAUGUUGGCUGCAGCAGUGAUGAGGAUGGAACGGUCAAAUCCAGCCUGGACCACGGAGAUUUCUUACACAUCGCAAUUCAGAUUGCGGCUGGCAUGGAGUACCUCUCUAGUCACUUCUUCGUGCACAAGGACCUUGCAGCUCGCAACAUUUUAAUUGGAGAACAACUGCAUGUGAAGAUUUCAGACCUUGGGCUUUCCAGAGAAAUUUACUCUGCCGAUUACUAUAGGGUGCAGAGUAAGUCUUCACUGCCCAUCCGCUGGAUGCCUCCUGAGGCCAUCAUGUACGGCAAAUUCUCCUCAGAUUCUGAUAUCUGGUCUUUUGGGGUUGUGUUGUGGGAGAUUUUCAGCUUUGGACUCCAGCCAUAUUAUGGGUUUAGUAAUCAGGAAGUGAUUGAAAUGGUGCGAAAGCGACAGCUCUUACCGUGUUCUGAAGACUGCCCACCGCGAAUGUACAGCCUCAUGACCGAGUGCUGGAAUGAGAUUCCUUCCAGGAGACCACGCUUUAAGGACAUCCACGUCCGUCUUCGAUCCUGGGAGGGCCUCUCAAGUCACACCAGCUCAACCACUCCCUCGGGUGGAAAUGCUACCACGCAGACCACCUCCCUCAGCGCCAGCCCUGUGAGUAACCUCAGCAACCCCCGAUUUCCCAAUUACAUGUUCCCGAGCCAGGGGAUCCCACCACAGGGUCAAAUCGCUGGUUUCAUUGGCCCAGCGAUACCGCAGAACCAGCGCUUCAUCCCCAUUAACGGAUAUCCAAUACCUCCCGGAUACGCAGCCUUUCCUGCUGCCCACUACCAGCCUGCGGGGCCUCCCAGGGUGAUUCAGCACUGCCCGCCUCCAAAGAGCCGGUCCCCAAGCAGCGCCAGUGGAUCGACCAGCACUGGCCAUGUGGCCAGCUUGCCCUCAUCGGGAUCCAAUCAGGAAGCAAACGUUCCUUUGCUACCCCACAUGUCAAUCCCAAAUCACCCCGGUGGAAUGGGGAUCACUGUUUUCGGCAACAAAUCUCAAAAACCCUACAAAAUAGACUCAAAACAACCAUCUUUGCUUGGGGACUCCAAUAUCCAUGGGCACACCGAGUCUAUGAUUUCUGCGGAAGUGUAAAAUGUGGGACUUUUGUAAAUACGCUAUCCAGGAAAAACUAGAAGGUGGCAGAAAAGAUUUAUAUUCAAAUGUUUUUAUUGACGGUUCUCAUUUAGCAGACAUUGCAACCAGUAUCUUCUGUGAAGUUUAACUGUGUCUUACCGGAAAGACACCAGCCAGGAAAAAUAAUGCAUUGUGGGAUUUACACUCCAUCAGGGUGUAUGAUAUGUUGUCGGGAACAGACCUUUUAUUUCAAGGACUGAAAACUGCAAAACCAAUGAAGAUGAACAGAACAUAGUAAUUAAAUAGCAAACCAAAAAAGGAAGUCAAAUGGUGCUCUCUCUGUGUGUUUUUGCCUUUGGUCACCAUGACUGAUCUACCGCCAAAACGUAUAUACUGUAGCAUUUGUCUACCUGCUGUCUCUACUUCAGGACAGAUGUUCAGGAACUAUCUUGAUUCAAUUAGACUCUAGGCAUGUUUGAAUGGAAGUGGUGUUUAGCACCACAGAGGGGACUUUAGGCUACAUUUUAAAUCACAGAUAGAAACGAGCCAUACAGUCGAGUCAUGUCCACAGAAGUCGUCUCAGUCACCAGGUUUCUCUGGGAUGGUGUAGAGCGUCUCUAUGUGACCCUCCUCACCACGAAGGCUUUUCCACAGUCUCUUUUCCCACAAUGUGUUUACACAGGCCCUGGAGAAGGUAGAUUUGGAUGCUGGAAAUGGUCGUACAUUACCAUUUAGGUUAUGGCUUUAGGUACAGGGCACCCAAGGAGGCACAGUCGGGAAAAUGGUCCCUCAGCCUGGAUUCGUAUCCAUGGGAAAGGAGCACGGGUUACUCCAGGGGCUUCCCCGGACCAUCCAUGCUGCAAACGAGUGACACUAGAGGCAAGGCUAACCACGCGCAUGCCUGGUAGCUUGUUUACAAGUUGGCGCAGGUUCUCAGGAGUGCUUACCGUCACAAGGAGCAGGAGGAAAGCCUGUGAUAAUAGCAGAAGCUAGUACAUUUAAACUCUCACUUUGUGCUUUUCCUGGAGAUGUUCACCGAUUAUAUUCCAGCACCAAGAACUCUAACAUUUUGUUCAUAAAGCUAGCCGAAACCCAAAGACAAAGCACCCUAUUUGGCAAAGCAAAUGUUUAAAAACAUGCUGAGUUUGCUCAAAGAUUACAAAACUCCAAAUUCCUUAACUUAGCAAACUAGCAAUUUGGUCCUUCUUGCCUUCCGUAGGGGGUGACAUCAAAUGUGCCCAUCCUGGCAUUUA